AUGAUCAAGGUAGGUUGGUGGUUGAAUAGCUCGCAAAGAUCCCUUGCGAUUGAAAUUUUUUAAAAUCUUUCUAUUAUAUUAGUCUGUCGGGAAAAUAAUGUGGAAUUGGCGCAGCAAAUGUUCCCUUGCUGAAGUCAUCAAAUCGUCAGCCGCGGCUAGCCCUCGCAAUUCGAUGAUGGGCGAUUCCAAGGCACUACUAUCCACAUUAUUUUUCAGACAGGCGAAAAUCAGGCAAAGCCGGCAGGCAGAGCUGGAUGAAAAAUGAUUCAAAACUUUCUUCGAGGAUUGCGCUGGGUCCCUACUCAUAUUUUCAUAAAGUGCGUGAAUUCGUCGCAACCCGCGGUGCCAGAAAUUUAAUGGUUCUAUUUCUAUUUCUUUUUGUUGCUGAGACAGUUCAGAUCCUGUUGGAACUCGUAACCAGAGAUUGCCACGGCUCCGGAGCCGGCUCUUGGCUCCGGCUCUGAGCGGCUCCGGCUCCGAGCCAGGAGCCAGAGCCGGAGCCGGAAAUUUUGGGGUCGGCUCCGGCUCCCGAGCCCAAAGUCGGAGCCAGGCUUCCCAGCGGUCACAAAAGUAAAAAUUUCGUGAUCUUGUUAAACCAAAUUGCUUCAAAAACACUGCGGAGGAUGUGACUUGACUGCAAAAACGUUGGCUGCAUGAUCUCUGGCACUAAUAACUUUUAUUUUUUGAAAAAUAUUUUUAAAAAAACAUGUUGCAUAGGAGCCGGGAUUCGGAGCCGGACGCCUUUUUAAAUUUUGCACGGAGCCAAGAGCCGGAGCCGGAGCUGCAAAUUUGGCCUCGGCUCCGGCUCUGGGAGCUAAGAGCCGGAGCCGGAGCCAAAAUUUUGACCGUGGCAAUCUCUGCUCGUAACUUCGUAUUUUACAAACAGCAGACUUAUUUUUCAGCAUUUUUCAUUUUUAAUCUUCCUUCAUUUUUUCAUUUUAGCCAUGCCCAAAGCAGCACAAAGACGACUCCCGACUUGGCCGGUGCACCGCGGUGGUAUUUCGGAGGGCUUGCUGGCAUUCUCAGCGUCGCAUCCACACACCCAUUGGAUCUGGCUAAAGUCCAUCAACAAACCCAUUUCCACAAUCUUCCGCUGCACAAGGUAUUUCAGCGAGUCUAUCGAAGCGACGGACUCCGAGGACUCUUCAACGGACUUUCGGCCGCUCUACUCAGACAGUUGACUUACUCGACGGUGAGGUUUGGGGUCUACCAUGAAAUCAGAAGGCAGCUGAGCGGAAGAAAAUGUGAACUGCGCUUCAAGGAGAAGGUUGUAUUGGAUGGAGUUUCAGGUAAAGUUAAAGUUUGAUGAUUAUUUUGGGGGUCCUCAGGUUAAAACUAACAGAAUUUUGAUGGUGUAAAUGUUGCAGACUACUCCUUGAAGUGCGACACUCAACUUCCCUUAAAUUUCUUGCAGAAUUUGGCCAUAUUUUUGCUAUUUUGGGGCGGAAAAAAAUUAUUUUUUUGUGGAAACAUUCCCUGCAAAUAGGCAUGAAAGUUUACAUAUAAAAAUUCGCAAAGAAGUACGAAAGCCUUCCGGACUUUCGAUCUAAAAACCUCAAUCAUCUCUGCAAAGAGAAAGCUAAAGAUUUUGCACAUGCCUUAGAAAAAAUUGUUCUAAACUUGUUCAAAGUUUCAUCAAAAUCCAUUUUUUAAACCAUUCCACAUACCUAUUAUUACGUGCGUAUUUUAGGCGCCAUCGGUGGGGCAGUUGGACAAUUUGCCGAUAUUGUCAACGUUCGUCUGCAGCACGAUGUAAAGUUGCAUUUGUACGAUCGUCGUCGAUAUUCCCAUGUGUUCGAUGGGAUCUCCAGGAUCUCCCGCGAAGAGGGCGGUCGAGUUUUGUUCAACGGAAUGUCAAUGAAUAUUGCGCGAGGCGCUUUGAUGACAAUUGGCCAGCUUUCCGUUUAUGACAAGGUAACAGCGAUGGAAUCAAAAAGAACUCCGUAUUUUACCCAAAAAUUUUCAGAUAAAGCCAUUUGUCAUGUCCAAAUGCAACUUUUCUGACAACUUCUCGGCUCAUGUUAUUUUGUCGUCGCUAGCGGCGACCGUAGCGACAAUUUUAACUCAACCCUUGGAUGUGGUAAAGACCAAGAUGAUGAACAAAAGACCUGGAGAAUUCCAUGCCCUUUGGCAUUGUGUGGUUCACACUGCAAUGGGCGGAGUGCAAGGCUUUUACAAGGGCUUUUUCCCCGCCUUAACUCGACUAAUACCUCACACAGUAUUGUUGAUGGUGACUUACGAACAACUGAGGCUGCGAUUUGGGUAUCUGCCAGCGGAAUAAAAAGCAAUUUACUGUAAAAAAGAUCGUAUUAUUAGUUAAUUUUCUCUCAGGAAGUACUCCAAGUGCGAUGCUCGGAUUUUCUUUAAACUUGGUGCGCAUGUCGUGAGUGGGCCGCACAUUAAUUCCUGA